AUCUCUGGUUGCAGCAUGGGAAAUUAAAAUGGAUUGACAUUUAAAAAAUCCUGCACCAUGGUGAAGGCACGCUGCAGAGCGCACUGAUAGAGUGUACCGUUUCCUACGUGUUUGAGAGUCAGGGGUGGUUUCUCAGCUCUGCCCAACUGCCUGUCAACAACCUGCCUCCCCACCCUCUCUCCUCCCUGCUUCUGUUGUUCCCUUGUCCUCAUCCCUCCUUUCUCUCCAUUCAUUUUAAUCCUCCUAUUUACUUUCCCUUUGCCCCCGUGACCCCUCCUCUCUGUUCUUAGAAGCUGACUUGCAGGAAAUCUGCUGCUGCGCUCAGGAAACCACCACCCAGGAUGAGCCCAGCCUGCACAGAGCAGGAAGAACAAUCAGCAGAAGCUGGGGCCGUGCAGCCUCAGACCUCCAGGACAGGACAUGGCUGAAGAGGCCGUCUGCUCCAUCUGCCUGGAGCUCCUGCAGGAGCCGGUGACCAUAGGGUGUGGGCACAACUUCUGCCAAGCCUGCAUCACCCGAUACUGUGAGGACACUGUCCGUGGCUCAGGCAACGCCGUCCCCUGUCCCAGCUGCGGAGCAGAGUUCCAGAUUGGGAGCUUCCGGCUCAACACGCAGCUCAAAAACCUGGUGGAGAAGAUUAAAGAGCAGAGUCUGAAACCAGGAAAGGAGCAGAUGGAGAAUCAGUGUGUGGAGCAUGAGGAGAUACUCAAACUCUUCUGUGAGGAGCAUGGGGAAGCCAUCUGUAUGAUCUGCAGGGAGUCCCAGGCUCACCGGGGUCAUACAGUGCUCCCCAUCCAGGAGGUGGCCAACAAUUACCAGGUAGGUGACACCACUGACCUGAGUGAGCCCAUUGCACAGACCCACACUUACCUGGCAGAAGAGAUACCAUGAUAGGUUUC